GUGCUGACGUGGAGGGGGCGGAUACGGGGGCCAGGGUGGCAGUGGAGCAAACGGAGGAGAGCGAGGGUAACGAGGAGGAGGACGAGGGCGAGGAGCGGCGUGCGCUGCCGCUCGGCGGAGGGCCUUCCCUGUCAGGUUUCCUGGCCGUUGCUCCCCUCGGCAGCUUCACAGACCACGCGGCCGGUAGCUGCAGCAGCCCCGCAGCCCCCAUGCGGCGCUCCAUGUCCCCGCUCGCGCCGCCCCCGCUGACCUACCUGCCCACCAUGCGGGUGGCCUUUGCCGCUGCAGCAGCCGACGAGGAGGGCGCCGGCAGCCCCGCCACGCCCUCCGCAUGCGCCCCCUCGGCCUGUGCCACGUCAGCAUGGGGGGCUUCACCCAUGACGACUCCUGGUGCCAACAGCCGGGACGCCAAGAAGCACAAGGGCAAGCUGGCCAAGGCUUUCAAGGUGCUGUUCAAGAAGGGCGGCAAAGAGGGAGCUGGUCAGGCGGGGGAGAUGCAUUCCUCGGUAGCGCUGUCCAUUGGAGCGCCAAGCACCCUUGCCGGCAUGUCUGAAGCGGCAUCGGCGCUGGAAAGGGCGAUGACAGGCAUGGACGCCCUCAGCUUUGCGGGCACCAGCGACACCGGAAUGACCCAUGGGUCGGCCAUGACCGACCCGCAGGGCGAGUACGGCAGUGCAGCUAGCAAGGAGCGGCGACGCAGGAAGGGCAUGUGGAAGCGCAUGAAGCGGAAACUAGGGAAGUUGAUGGGCAUUAUCCCGCGUUCUUGGGAGGUCGAGGCAAUGAGGGCGCAGGAGGCCGCGGCAGCUGCGACGGCAGCAGGGGCUGCGGCUGGGCCUCUAGCGGCAGGUGUAGCAGAUGGACAGGGGGGUGAAGCAGGGGCAGCGUCGAGAGGACGGAAUGAGUAAUUAGCUAGACGGACGUUCGUUUCGUGCGUGUGUGCGUUGCGUGCCUGUGUUGCAUGUCGGCUAUAUGGGGCGAGUGUAUGUUGUAUUUUUGGUACUGUUAUGAGACCGGAAGAGGGUGAAAGAGUGAGGAAUGCAAGCAUCCAAGCACCGGCGCUGCAGUUUGCAACGGCAGUCAGAGGUUUUAGGGCAUUGUUCAUAGCUUUCUCAGGCCCAGAAUGUCUAAUCUGUACAGCAUAGAGGAUCGCUAGCGAGGGAGAAUUGCAGUAGUCGCGGUGUGCGCGAAUGUGUGUGUUAUUGCAGAUGCUGCCGGCUAGUGUUUGAGCGGCUCGCGGUGUAGGCAUUGCCGUACAUACCCUAUGGGCAGUGGAUGACAGACGACGGAACCGUGUGUGUUGGGAAGAAGAACAGGCACAGCUUCCGAGGCAAUGACGUUUGACACAGUGCUAGCUGUACAGGACUAUACGGUAUGUGACUUUCAGGUCCAUAUUUCGCUAACAAAGCAGCUGUGGCAGUUCGCGUGCUUGCUCUGUGUGUUUCUGUGCGGGUCGAGCCGUUGUACAGGUUAAACAUUGGUUUUUCAUGUUCCACUUUAUUCAUUACAUGUCGGUAGCACAGAAUUUCUUCCGUCGUUCGCAUCUACGUCCAAAUGUUAUGCGGGCCAGGUGCUUUCCUACGUAUCGCAGUGUUAGGGCUAGACGGUUUUGAUGUUUGUUUGUGAGGGGAUUAUUUACUGUGCGUCCUGUGACAAUGGAGCAGUUGCGGACUAUUACGGCCGGAAGGGCCCAUGGGUCGCUGGUGUUUGGAUCUGGGUUUUACUGUACGAGAAACGCCUUGGGCUGCUUCGAGUAGCCUUGUCGAUGAAGGGGCAGCUGUCCUUGCUCGUGUGGAAGAACGCAGUAGUACCAUGGCGACACUGCACGAUUGUGUAAGCGUGCAGACUUCGACGAAGGGCAUAUGUGCAUUGUUACGUGUCCCAUACUCCCAUUACUUUAAAG